UAUAUCUUAGUUGACCAAAUAUGCAGAAAAUUUUGUGUGAAAAUUUUAAGCUUACUCGUUUCUUUUAAGCUUUUAGGUUGGUGUUAAAAUUUUGGUGAUGAUGUCUACAAAAGGUUGGUCUGCUUCUUACAGGCUGCAAAAUUGCGCUGAAUCGCUACUUCGUCCUUACAAAUCUAACUUAGGCAAUAUCUCUCAACAACACCUCCUGCAGGACGCCAUGGCUAAACGACAUGGUUACCCUAUGCACCAAGGGUCGCGAUUGAUCAGCACCAAUAUAGGACUAUGGAGAAAACUCGAUGCUGGCAUUACCAAGGAUGAGAGGGAGAAGAGUAGCCCACCACCCGGUUCAGCUCCUCCAAAGUUCAACUUCUUCCUGUGGGCCAAAUGCAUUUUGGGCUCUGUGCUGAGCUUCUCGCUGCCCUUCUGGAAGGAAAAAUGGACAAAAUUGAAGAGGAUUGAAGGAGAAGCAGAAAUGGUAGUCGAAGAGGUUGAAAAUGUAGCGGAGGUAGUGGAAAAGGUAGCAACAGCAGCAGAGAAGUUAUCAGCUCAGGUGGCGGAAAAGCUCCCUGAUGAUAGCAUGCUGAAAAAGGCAGCUCUGGUGGUCGAACAUGUUUCAGAAGAAACUGCCCAAGAUGCUCACGUCACAACAGAAUUCAUCCACCAGGUUGAGGCAUUGAAGCACGACGUGGAUGGCGUGGAGUCUUUGGUUGAACCCAUCGUUAACAAGAUCGUGAAGCAAAAGCAAGGAGGCUAAGGAAAGUAAUUUAUUUACACGUUUCUUGCCUUUUAACCUGUUCAAGCCGUUGCCCAUUGUUAACUACCAUUGACAAAUACAUAUUGUUUGGACUUUGUAUUUCAAUAAUUUUAAAAACCAAUUGUAUAAGUGAACGUGUUUUGGAUUGAA